GGUCUGAAGUUGCGGUUAAGUAGCCGAGCACUGUAAUCAUUCCUCCCACUGGAGUCGUCAACAUCAUGAGCACCGGACGCGUUAAGGUACUGUGUGAGCGCAUUAUGAGCCGCGGCUACGAGCCGCGCGUUGCUCGCCUCAUGGAGAACGUCAAGGCCACAGUGCGUGCGCAGCCCGGCUUCAUCUCCAUCGACACGUACGCGCAGGUGGACGACCACACCAAAUACGUCGUGUUCUCCGAGUGGGAGUCGAAGAAGGACUUUGAUAAGUGGCUGGCCAGCAAGGAGUUCCAGGAAUGCACGCAGCAGAUCAACGAGCUUCUGGACGUGCCGGGGUUGCACAUGCGCAUCUUCAAGACCCCCAAAGAAGACGUCUUCCUCCUCUGAAGUGUCCGGCGAUAGCAAUGCUUUUUCACGAGAAAUACACAUGACACGAUAAGCACUUCCUUGCGGUCUAGAUUGCACGUAUACCUCAGUGUGUGUCAAAUUUGUUCACUGUUUUCCAUGGUCUCCAAGCUCUCUACAACGGCCACAUCAUGUUACGUCUAGAGGCUCGCUGUUUUGGCCAUAAACAACGCUCUGGAAAGCCCUGCAGUAGUCAAAAUCGAGGGCUGAAGCCACUGUACAUCCUUUUGUCACUUGUGCUGUCGACGCUUGGUCGUCUAGGAAGACCCGUCCGUCUUGCUCUUAAUAAAACUCUUUAUCCGAUCA